CCACGACUUCAAAUAGGAAGCUUGCCCAUGUAUCUCUUCUCCUCUGCUCUACCAGACUAACUGACCUCUCAACUAACAAUUCCUAUAUCUCGCAUGCAAUUCAGCAACCGCACAUCAGCGGCACUCCUUUCCGCAGCCAAAUUGUUCCAGCUCCCAACCUUCUCUCUGAACCAUACCUCCGCCUCUACCACUAUGAGUCCUGCACCGGUCAUCGCAGUCUGCCAUGGCGGUGGACCUAUGCCAGUUAUGAACGAUCCUGGACACGCUGCAUUGAUCAAGUCAAUGGAAACCAAAGUGCCAUCCCUGCUUGGUCUUGGUACCGAUUCUGCCCCCCGCGCUAUUGUCCUCAUUACUGCACACUGGAGAGAGCGCCGACCAACUAUUAGCAACGGGAAGAGCCAUAAGCUAUAUUAUGACUAUGGUGGUUUCCCACCAGAGACGUACAAAUUGAAGUACGACGCCCCUGGAAGCCCGGAAGUGGCGUCAGAAGUGUACGGACUUCUCGAAAAGGCCGGUUUGAAUCCGAAGAUGGACGGGGAGAGAGGUUGGGAUCAUGGCGUCUUUAUACCUAUGUUACUCAUAAACCCCAAAGCAGACAUUCCAAUCGUCCAAGUCUCCAUCAUGUCCUCCGAUUCCCCAGAACAACAUUACGCCAUGGGCCGUGCUCUGGCACCUCUUCGCGAUUCAGGCAUAGCUAUUAUCGGUUCUGGCAUGCCGACCUUCCAUAACCUGCGAUUGAUGUUUUCUGGUGCUGCAAAUGAUGCUGGGUUUCAGAGAAGGAAUAAGGAAUGGAGUGAUCGCCUUACAGCAACUGUUACAAAGGAAGAUGCUGUAGAGAGGGGCAAGCUGCUUGAGAGUUGGAGAGAUUGGAUGGGGGCUGAGGAGGCACAUCCUCGAGGUGGGGAGGAGCACUUUCUACCAUUGGUGGUUUCUGCUGGUGCUGGAGGGCAAGGCAAAGGCGAAGGUUAUGGCGAUGACUUGAUGGGCACCAAACACUACACGUACUACUGGAAAUGAAGAUGAUGCACAGCUUCCAAAAAGUAC